AUGUCCACUUUAAUCAAGUCUGCUAAGUCAAUUGUUCCUUUGAUGGAUCGUGUUUUGGUGCAAAGAGCGAAAGCACAGGCCAAGACUGCGUCAGGUCUUUAUUUGCCUGAAAAAAACGUGCAAAAACUAAACCAGGCCACCGUUUUGGCCGUGGGACCAGGAUUCACGGACGCAAACGGUAACAAGGUUGUCCCUCAGGUCAAGGCAGGCGACAGCGUGUUGAUUCCACAAUUUGGUGGCUCUACUGUCAAGUUGCAGGACGACGAGGAAGUGAUCUUGUUCAGAGACAGCGAGAUUCUCGCUAAGCUUUCGGACUGA